GUUUCCUUUUUAUCACUUCAUUGAGAUACAAGCAACACCCUGAUUUCAUUGUCAUGAAAGAUAUGUUCUAUUAUUGUAUUUUCGAUGUUGAUGUAUUUUCAUAUGUUAAACGUGAUUAAUCAAUUAAUUAAUGUCAAAUUGUGGAUUAAACUUAUAAAAGUGAUGACUUAUCCAGCACACAACUGAAGCUUCAUUGAAUUGAUUACUAGUGAGGAAAUGGUCUGAUUUCUUUGUUUUUAAUAUCUGGGUAAUUCAUUAAAUUUCAGGAUUCUUUCAUCCUAAAGUUUCCAAAGAAGUCUCCAUUGGUGUUGAGGAUGGUUGUAUUGCUGUUUGUAAUGGUUUGUGGUUUGUAUAUAUGCUCGAUUUGUUUGAAGCAAAUAAGCACCAGCAGCACGCAUGAGUUUUUGAACAUCGGAGUGAUCCAAAAGCCGUGUCCGGAACCAAAUAUCAAGCCAUGGGAAAUUCCAUACGUGCAUUAUCCGAACCCCAAAACUUCCAGCAGGGCUGAGUGUGCAUGCAAUCCUGUCCGGUAUUUUGCCAUUAUGUCGAUGCAGAGAUCUGGGAGUGGAUGGUUUGAAACAUUAUUGAACAAUCAUACUAACAUAAGCUCAAAUGGGGAGAUAUUCUCUGUCAAAGUUAGGAGAAGUAAUGUGUCAACAAUUUUUGAGACUUUGGACAAAGUUUAUAACUUGGACUGGUUCAGCAGUGCCUCGAAAAAUGAGUGCACAGCUGCAGUUGGCUUGAAAUGGAUGCUUAAUCAGGGACUGAUGCAGCACCAUAAAGAAAUAGUCGAAUACUUUAAUACUCGGGGUGUUUCAGCUAUUUUUCUCUUUCGAAGGAAUCUUUUGCGGAGGUUGAUUUCAAUACUAGCAAAUUCUUAUGAUCGGGAUGCUAAGCUACUGAAUGGAACCCACAAGUCUCAUGUUCAUUCGCUUCAUGAGGCCGAGAUACUUGCUAGCUACAAACCUGCAAUCAAUGCAACGUUGCUCAUUCCAAAUAUAAGGCAGGUUGAAGAGACAACUAAAAAGGCUUUGGAGUACUUCAAAAGCAUCCGACAUAUCAUACUUUACUAUGAGGAUGUAGUAAAGAAUCGCACUAAGUUAGAUGAGGUUCAAGAAUUCCUAAAGGUUCCAAAGAGGGAGUUAAGGAGUCGUCAGGUAAAGAUACACAAGGGAUCUUUAUCGAAUCACAUUCAGAAUUGGAAGGAUGUAGAAAAAGCACUCAACGGGACGCAGUAUGAAAGCUACCUAUAUGGAGAUUACAAGAGGUAAAAAGCAUUGCCACGAUGUGCAUUCUAUUAUCAACCAUUUUUUUCUUUUUGGUUUAAAUCUCCAAAUGACAGGAGUCAACAGGGGGGAACCCAGCAAGCCACCCUGUUGGGAUUUUGGCUAUAGAGUGCUUAUCUUAGAAACUUCUUUUAGCUUCACACUGACUAUUCUAUUCAUUCUUUUACCCUCUAAACACAUCAACUCUGCUGUAUGUUCAUUUCUUUUGUGUCUUAAAUGAAAAGAGAAAAUUGCCCUUUU